AUGACUACACAAACAGCUGAUCGUCUUCACAAAUUUGAUCCAGCAUUGUUCGACUGGACAGAAUGGGAGAUACUUUUUGACACUCAUCUAGCGGUGGAAGGAAUCGUAGAUGAUAGCAAGAAGCGGAAUUUACUUAUCACCUUAUUGGAUGUACAACCUUUCAAAACACUGAUUUCAAUUUGUAAACCAAAGAAGCCUACGGAGUACUCCUAUGCGGAACUACUUCACAAACUACGAACGAACUAUGCUCGUGUUACUUUUGCUUCCAGUGAAAGAAUCAAGUUCUUUGCACUGCGGCAGGAAACAUCACAGUCGUUAACCGAUUUUGCAAAUGUCUUACGAAAUAAGGCAACCACUUGUGAUUUUCCAAGCGUUUUUUAUGAACAAGCAUUGGUUACUGCAUUCGUCGGUGGUCUUCUCAAUGAUAAUAUUCGGAAGCAUUUAAUGCAAAAGAAUCUCGAAACCUUUGAGGCAACCAUCAACAGUGCAAAACAAAUUGAAAGCGUCUUGAUUGAAGCAUCGGCGGGUAAGUUGAAUUCGUUCAAAGACGUUGCUGUGAACAAAAUUAGCAAAAACAAGAAACCAGAUGGCCAAUCAAGAUCUACCAAUAAAACAGGCUGUUCCAGUUGUGGUUCUACUGACCAUAUACGUACGUCUUGUCGAUUUCGGGAUGUCGUCUGCCGGAAUUGUAAAAAGACUGGGCAUAUUGCAAAAGUUUGUCGAUCAACUCCAGAUGAUAAGAAGAAACAAUUGAAUUCGGUGUCUAUAUUAUCAGUCAAUGGAGUUGACACGGAUCAAUCGAUUGAUCUACUUUUACAAAUCAACAACAUGCCAAUCAAACUUCAAAUGGACACAGGCUCACCAAUCACCUUGAUUACGGAUCAAGUGUGGGAACAAUUGGGUAGACCAGAAUUAAACCAAGUUGACAUGAACAUUAAUAGUUUCACUGGCCAUCGCAUAACGUUGAAAGGAGAGAGUGUGGUCGAGGUUGAGUAUCGAGGUCAAUCCUUGAAACUCAAAGUACAUGUGGUAAAUGGCUAUGGAAAUAAUGUUAUGGGUCGUGACUGGAUUUAUGCAUUAAAUCUCAACUCAAAAACAUUAAAUGACAUUGGUUCCACUUCCUCAGCAUUGAAUCUAGCUGUUACGCCUGACAGAUUGAAUGAUCUUUUUACUCGUUAUUCAGCAAUUUUUCAGGAUGGACUUGGUUGUUGCAAAAUUGAGGCACAUUUAUAUGUCAAAGCGGAUGCAAAGCCGAAGUUUUGCAAAGCUAGAUCUUUACCAUUUGCUUAUCGGGACGCUGUGGAACAGGAUUUGACUCGACUUGUAAAUGCAGGUAUUGUGGAACCAGUUGAUGUGUCUCAAUGGGCGGCACCGAUUGUGGUGGUACCGAAGCCAGGUGGUAACGUUCGUUUGUGUGCUGAUCUCAGUACUGGAGUUAAUCAAUCUCUUGAGAUUGAUAAGUAUCCAUUACCGAAACCAAACGAUCUCUUUGUGGCUCUGAAUGGUGGUUGUCAAUUCAGCAAAAUUGAUUUUUCGGAAGCUUAUUUGCAAGUACCAUUAGACGAUGAAAGCAAGAAACUGUUGGUGAUCAAUACUCACAAAGGUUUAUUUCGGUAUAAUCGUCUACCAUUUGGUGUGGCCUCAGCACCGAGCAUUUUCCAGAAAAUAAUGGAUCAAAUGUUGGCAGGUCUUCAAGGCACCGUUUGUUACUUGGAUGACAUUAUAGUUACAGGUAGUACCACAAGUGAACAUUUGGUAAAUUUGGGCAAUGUUUUCGAAAGAAUCCAUGACUAUGGUUUUCACAUCAACAAAUCCAAAUGUUCUUUCUUACAAGAUUCUGUUGAAUAUCUCGGUUUCAUAGUGGACAAAAAUGGUGUUCACACAUCUUCAUCUAGAAUCAAAGCGAUUGUUGAUAUGCCACAGCCCACAAACAUUUCGCAGUUACGUUCAUUCCUUGGAAUGGUAAAUCACUAUGCCAAAUUCAUGCCGAACCUAACUGAUCGAUUAGCUCCGUUCUAUACAUUAUUGAAGAAAAAUAAUAAAUGGGAUUGGAACUCAUCAUGUGCUCAAGCUUUUUCAACAAUCAAACAGAGUCUUAUUUCUCCACUGGUAUUAACACACUAUGAUCCCAAGGUUCCUCUUGUUUUAGCUGCAGAUGCGUCAAACGCCGGAGUGGGAGCGGUAAUCUACCAUCGAUAUCAUGAUGGUACAGAAAAAGCUAUUGCGCAUGCAUCAAAAACACUAACGACUACGGAACAGAAUUAUUCUCAGAUCGAAAAAGAAGCUUUGGCUCUCGUUUAUGGAGUACAAAAGUUUGAUCAGUUUCUUCGGGGCCGAUUUUUCACAUUAUUAACAGAUCACAAACCUUUAUUAGCAAUAUUUGGAUCUAAAAAGGGUAUUCCGACGACGUCAGCAAAUAGACUGCAACGUUGGGCACUGAAAUUAAUGGGAUACAACUAUGCGAUUGAGUAUCGAUCAACUAAUAAUUUCGGUCAAGCCGAUGGCCUGUCACGUUUACCUGUUGGUCCGGACAAACAAUUCGAUGAGGAUGAUCCUACUGAAUCUCGAUUAAUCGCAUCAAUUCAGUUGGAAUUGCAAAGCGAAUUACCUUUGCGUGCGUCACAAAUUGCUACGGCAACACGAAAAGAUGCUACACUUCAUCAAGUUUAUACAUACAUACUUUCUGGAUGGCCAAUAACGACUGAAGAUCAUAUUCAACCAUACUUUCGUAUUCGAAAUGAACUAUCUACAUCACACGGAUGUGUUACAUGGGGUUUGCGUACUGUUAUUCCAGUUUGUUAUCGAGAAAAAUUAUUACGCCACUUACAUUCUACACACGCUGGUGGUGGGAGAAUGAAAGCUGAUGCACGUCGUUAUUUUUGGUGGCCUUCCUUGGACAAAGACAUCGAACAAAUCGCACUACAGUGUGAGAGUUGUUCUUUGAAUUCUAAACAACCUCCAAAGAGUCCGUUGAAUCAAUGGCCUGUACCAGAAUCUCCGUGGAAGCGGAUACAUAUUGAUUUCAUGGGAAAGUUUUACGAAAAAUAUUUCUUAAUUGUCGUUGAUGCACAUUCGAAAUGGUUAGAGGUUGCAAUCAUGGAGCAUAUUACCACUUCUGCAACAAUUGCAGCUUUGUAUUCACUUUUCGCUCGUUAUGGUUUGUGCGAAGAAAUUGUGUCAGACAAUGGAACGCAAUUUACGUCACAAGACUUCGGUGAUUUUUGUGCACGCCAUGGUAUCAGACACUUGCGAACAUCACCAGGACAUCCUCAGUCAAAUGGACAAGCCGAAAGAUAUGUUGAUACAGUUAAAUCAGCUAUCAAAAAGGGAAUUGAUGGUGGAGGUGGAAAUCUAGCCGAAGUUUUAACCAAGUUUCUUUUUGCAUACAGAUCAACACCUCAUGCUACCACUAAUCUAUCUCCUGCUGAACUUUUUCUAAAGCGACAAUUGCGCACUGUUCUUGAUCUUAUUCGUCCGACUGCACAAGAUGCAGUCAGUGCUGCUCAGGAACGUCAUAAACAAGAUUUUGAUCAGCAUACUCGAGAACGUGAAUUUCAUGUCGGUGACAAUGUUAUCGUUCGAGAUUUUCGCAAUUCAACAAAUACGGUUAAAUGGACUUCUGGUAUACUUCUUAGUCAGAUUGGUAAUCGACUAUGGAAGGUACAAGUUCAUCAACAACAAUGGAAACGCCAUGAAAAUCAAAUACGAUUUCGUCAUUGGGAGAACAGCGACGACGAUAUUUUGAUUGAUAUAGAUCAAAGUCCCUCAUCUGCUGAGAGUCAGUCGCAUCCAAACCUUCAACAACAGCAUUCACAUCAAAAACAACAACUUAGACGUUCAUCAAGGAUCCGCAAACCAGUGAAAAGAUUGAUCACUGAAAUUUAA